UGGACUUAAUUAGUUUAUUUUUGAAGUCAUUGAGAUGAAGUUCUUGUACGCAACUGUUCUUUUGAGUUUUGCCAUUUGUUGUUUGGCUGAUAGCGACGCUGACUCAACAUAUAGCAAUUUAUACUGCCAAACUGAUUACGUGAUUAAGGAGAAAUUGUUUGACGUAAAGAAUGCAGAAAAUACUUUUGAAAUUUUAGUGAGUGGAGAUCCAAAGAAACUAAAUUGUAAUGCUAUUUUGGAUGCGGAAAAAGAGAGAAUAUACAAAGAUUUGCGAGAAAGACAGGAAGAUAACGCAACAAUUGAUUGCAAUAUAAAGAAAUUAAAGGACCUUGAAUUUCACAAGCUACGUUUUAAGAUUAAUUCUCUUCUUGGAUUAAGUAUCCCGACUGCUGAAAAAAAUAAUAUGAGGAAGAAGAUCAACAAGGAAAUUGAAAAUGCAAUAAGCCAAUCUGUUGAUGUUUGCGAUAUUUAAGAAUGUUCUAAUUAACGACUGAAAUAUUGAACUUUGAAUCAAGCAAUUUGUGUUUACAUGUUUAGAAGUUGUCAAUAAAAAAAUUAAAGCUAGAA